GUUGCUCUUACUACUACUGACAGUCAGCUCGGUAUCUCAACAUAGGCUCGACCAGUGUGGUGUUGAUAUUGUGUCUCUGACCGACUGAACCCAGCUCUGGUCUCUCAGCAUCGAGCAGGACGAGGUCUGAUAUGAACUCAAGCGGACGUUUGGACAGUCUGAGUGACGCUUUCACAAAGAACUUCAUCACCUUUGCUGUCGGACUCAUCAUCAACUGCAUCAAUGGAGCUUUUGUCUACACCUACUGUAAGAGCCAGGUCUUCCAGCGAGACCCCAGAUAUGUGCUCUACAUCCAUUUAGUGAUCAACGACAUGAUUCUGCUGACAGUUUCUGUGAUGCUGCAGAUCCUGACCUACAGCAUCCCCCUGACCUUUGCUCCCUGCUGCAUCCUGCUGCUCAUCCUAGUCACUACAAACAAGAACAGCCCUCUGAACCUGGCUGGCAUGGCGGUGGAGCGUUACAUUGCUGUCUGUCGUCCUCUUCAUCACUCCCAGAUCUGCACCGUGCAGCGAGCCUACGCUCUCAUUGCACUGAUCUGGGUCGUCUCCUUCUUCCCCGCCCUCACAGACGUCUUCAUCACCCUCGCCACGCAGCCCUUCGCUGUCUUCUCAAGUAACGUCAUCUGUUACCCGUCCUACGUGUACAACACACCGUACCACGAGGCCCACAGUCAGGUUGUCCAGGUGCUUCUGCUGUCCUUCGUCUUCCUGACUGUGAUCAUCACCUACCUGAAGGUCCUCUGCGCUGCCCGGGCAGCUUCUGGUUCCAACCAGGCCUCGGCCAGAAACGCCCGCAACACCAUCCUGCUGCACGGAGUCCAGCUCCUCAUCUGCAUGCUGGCGUUCAUCGCCCCCUUCAUCACCAUCAUUCUGGUCACCAUGUGGCCCCGUGGCAGAACCACAAUCAUCUUCACCAGCUUCCUGUUUAACAAUGUGCUUCCACGUCUGCUCAGUCCGCUCAUCUACGGCGUCAGAGACAAGAAGUUCAGCAGCCACAUCAGGAUGCACUUCUGCUGUAAAUGCUUGAACUCUGUAGAAGAGAAGGUGAAGCUGGUUGGACCCCAGAGAAGGUCCAGACUGAUGUUACACUGAAGGACCUUAAAAGACUCAACACAGACUAUACAGACUAUAUCUGGGAUUUAGCCUGUUUUAGUCCAUUAGUUGAUUCUGGUGUGAACUGAAAGGAAAGUUUUUCAGCAGUUAUGUAAAAUAAAAAACCUGAUCUGAUGCACAAAUGUUACUUUAAAGAGGUAAAAGAUACAUCUGGGUCUCAAAGAAUUUAUAAAAGUUACAAGCCAUAAUAGUAACAUUUUUAAUGAACUGCAUUAAUAUAGUUAUUUAAAAUGUUAUUUUAUUUAUAAAAAGGAGAUAAAAAUGAAUAUUAAAGGACCAGUGUGUAGGAUUUAGUGGCAUCUCGCACUAUAGUUGCAGAUUGCAACCAACUGAAUACUCUUCGCCUUCCAGGUGUGUAACAGGUGUGGCAGCUAAACUCAUAAAAGGCCCAGUCUAGAGUCACGUUUAGUUUGUCCGUUCUGGGCUACUGUAGAAACAUGGCGGACUCCGUAGAGAGGACCCGCUCACUCUGUAGAUAAAAACGUCUCAUUCUAGUUUAGCAAAAACACAAAGAUUCUUUAUAAUCUAAUAAAAAUAUACCUAUGAAUGUUAUAAAUGUCUUUCCUGCCAAUAGAUCCUCCUGAAUGUUGAACACUGGACCUUUAAGAUUUUCACAAUAAAAGCUAAUGGAUAAUAUCCUGAA